AUGUCGGACUUGGAUUGUGCACCUCUACAGUUCGAAGAUCUCCCCACGGAAAUUCAUGAGGCUGUUUUAGACCAUUUGUUUGUCCAGAUCAAAGGCACGACCGACGGCCUUCAAGAAAGCGUCGACUGGUUCAGCUCCCAUCCACAUCUCAGUCCCUACGUUCGUCACAUUGAUAUUUGGGUUCCGGUUUGGGGUGAUCGACUACCUAGGCCACAUGCUUUGCAACCUGGCCGUCGAGAACUCUUGGGUGGAGGAAGCCACCAACCUGCGGAUUCUGUUGCAUUGCUGCAGGCCGUUACUGACGGGAUGGAGCAUGGUCGUACAAAUCAUAAUUUCAGAUUCGCCAAUCGCAAUGCCACCUUGCAGCAAAUCUUCUACCAUGUUGCGUGUUUCUUCCCGGACGCCAAGAUGCUUACUAUUGAAGGCGGUCAUUGCAAGAAGCCGCCCAUGAUUAAGCAUUUCGGCAACGUUACGACACAUGAGCAGCGGCUGGAGGUGUUGCCUAAUGUCCAGACGUUCAUCAUGAGAGGUGCAUGGAAUAUUAUGCGAGAACAUGACCAUUGGAGUAAUAUCGCUUCCGCACUGCCAAAUUUGCGCGAAUGGAAUUGCACUUAUGCCAAACCGAAACGUGAGGCGCAAGCUACGAUAGCAAAGAUUUUGACCACCUUUCCUCGAGGGAUUACCCGGCUCAGCAUCAGCCUCGAAGGCUUCUGCAGUAAAAAGAAUUCUCAGACACAAUGGUUGAGCAAACCUCAUACGGACCGGCAUCUUUGCCGCUUGUUGGGGGACAUUGUGCCACAGCUUGAAUCACUGACCUUUACUGGAAAAGUCUGCGCUAGUUUGUUCAGUGCUGCACGGGCUGCGACGAUUAAAAGCGAGACGAGAUCCAAGCUGAAAGCGAUCGACUUGGUCGUGAAAGCUUGUUGCUGCGAGCAAGUUAAAAUGGAGGGCAAUCUUAAUUUUGUCAGCGAUUAUUCUGGGAUCACCAACAUGACCUUUAUCAAAUCUUUCGAAAAUCUAAUCAUCGCUUCUCUGAGAUCUUUAGAUUCUCUGAACGCCGUACAAUUCAUGAGAAUUCGUUAUAUCGACCUGGACUCGAUCUGUGGCCUCCUCAACCCGUACUACCAAUUGGUUGGUAAUAGCUGCACUGGUUUAUGGAGCGAGGAUAUCUUAGAGACUCUCCAUCAGACUCGACCAGAUGCCCAAUAUGAGGUUCUAGAUGAUGGCAUUCUUCCCGAAUACGGUGUCGUGGCACAUACGGGAACCACAGCAUAUCCUCGGAGUCGACCUCGCAGUAUGAAAGCCAGUGCAUACGAACUCAUUGCCGAUAAGUCCAAAUCCUAA